GGUGGGCCAAGAUACCGAAGGAAGUAAAGUACUGACGAAAGGCUGGUCACGAGGGCAAUACUGACCAACAGAACACAAGGACAGAGCGGAGCCGAGUUCCAAACAAGGGCAAAACCAGAUCCAGAGGACAUCAAAAAGUCAAAAGGGAGUUUGGCUGCCAGGACUCGGCACCAAAGAGUAUGACGGAAACGGAAAGCGUCGACGAGGCGUUGGUGUUUGACAAUGCGCCAUCUGGCGGAGAAAAGUAUGAUGUGCAGGUCAUAGUCAACUACGACCUAGCUCUGAAAUACCUGGGCGGAUUUGGACCGUGGCAGAGGAGGAUUUUCUUUCUCCUCUGCCUGCCUGUCAAUGGCUUCCAGUUAUUUGCUAUCGUUUUCCUUGCCAUCGAGCCCGACUUCCAAUGCCGGGUCUCUGAGGUCAGCUUCUCGGGGCUGAACGCGACCCUGGCCGAGGUGCUGAACGUUAGCAUCCCCUGGGAGCUGAAGGACGGGGAGUGGACACGGAGUCAGUGCAAACGUUACAGCUACAAUCUUCCAAACGCUACCCUCAACGCCACCUAUCGACAAUUUGUCGAAGCACACCCAGUGGCCAACCGGACCCAGAUCCCGUGUGACCAGGGAUACGAGUAUGACAUGUCUAAAUACAAGAGCACUGUCGUUACAGACUGGGAUCUUGUCUGUGACAACAGCUGGAAGGUGAGCAUGGUGAAGUCUGUGUGGUUUGCGGGCUUCAUGUUUGGUGCGGUGUUUGGCGGCCAUGCGGCAGACAGAUGGGGCCGUAAACCAGUGCUUCUUGCAUCCCUCGUCGGCAGCUAUGUGUCCGGGAUAGCCUGUGCGUUCUCGCCCAACUACGCCGCUUUCGUGGCCUUCCGCUUCUUCAUAGCCACCUGCAUCAUGAUCACCUAUUUAGCUUCUUUUGUGAUGACUCAGGAGCUAGUUUCCGCCGACAAACGCAGCUUUGUGGGGAUGGUCAUUUGGAUCUUCACCUCCCUUGGGUCCAUGCUCCUUGCUGGGAUCGCCUACUUCAUACGGACGUGGAAGUGGCUUCAGGUCGCCAUCACCAUGCCUAUUCUCUUCUUCAUCUCCUUCUGGUGGCUUGUCCCAGAGUCCCCACGCUGGCUUAUCUCUAGAAAUCGUCACAAAGAGGCGGCAGCCAUUUUGCGGAAAGGCGCGGAGAUCGCCAAGGUCACCUUACCUGACGAAGUCUUCCAUGACGCCAUUCCUUUGACUCAUGAUCACACAGAGGAAAAGGCACAGAAGAAAAAGGUGUACACAUUUAUCGACCUGUUUAGAACUCCGAAUCUUCGGAAAUGGACUCUCAACAUCUUCUACAACUGGAUCGUCAACACCUUGGUGUAUUAUGGGAUAUCUCUCAACCUAUCUGCCCUGAGCGGAAACAUCUACCUCAACUUCGCCAUUUCCGGUCUCGUCGAGAUCCCGGCGAAUCUCAUCGCAAUUCUCCUCCUGAAUAAGUUCGGGAGACGAUGGCCUCUAUGUUUGAUGCUUCUGGCUGGCGGCGUCGCCUGUAUCACGGCCUUCUUCAUUCCCAAGCACCUUGGCUGGAUGACGACCACCCUGGCCAUGAUGGGCAAGUUCUGGAUAACCGCUUCCUUCGGUGUUAUCUACAUCUUCUCGGCCGAGAUCUUUCCAACCGUUGUCAGGCAAAUCGGCAUCGGCAUGUCCUCCAUGAGUGCUCGAGUCGGAGGCAUAGCCGCCCCGUUCGUGAGUCUACUCGGUCGUCAUUGGGCCCCGAUGCCUUACGUCAUCUUCGGAGGAGCGUCCAUCGCCGCCGGACUGCUGGCGCUGCUGCUACCGGAAACGGCUGGAAGGAAACUUCCGGCUACGAUCGAGGAGGGCGAGAACUUUGGAAAAGAAGACGGCAUUGUGGACAAGGAAUGAUGAAGGCUUUAGAAUUAGGUCAUAUCUUACGAAAGCUCACAAGCAUACGGUUCGCAGCUUCUACGAAGUACCAUUUGCGAAGCGUCUGCUUGUGGGCUUUCGUAGAAUUUUAGCUCAGUGAUUUUAUUUCAACGUGGGAAGGGGCGUUUUCGGCAUCUGUUAGUUAAGUUCUCUAGUCAGAAGUUCUAUUUUUUGUGGUGGCUUAAUAUUUAUAUAUAACUUCCUUACAACGUGUAUGAAGAUUUGGUGCUUGCUUUUUUUGCUGGCUAUUACUUGUAUUUUGCAUCUGCACGACUGUUUAUUGUACCCGUGAUCAUUUAGAUUUAAUUCUGCCUUAUAGAAUAUUGGACAUACUAACGUUUCGACACACAAUCAAUGUGACAUAUUAUUACUUACAAUAACGCCACCUACCGAUAACUAACAGUAGUAAAAAGUGUUAAGAUUGGCAAAGCUACUGGCCCUGAUGGCAUCUCGCCAAGGAUUAUUAGGGAAUUCUCCUUUGAACUGUCCCAGCCUUUAUGUGACAUUAUGAACACCUCCCUGUGUCAAGGUGAAGUACCGGACAUGUUCAAGGAUGCUGAUGUUGUACCCAUUCCAAAGGAGAUGCCACCGCGACUAGAGAAGUUAAGACCUAUCUCUCUAACACCUAUCUUUGCCAAAGUGUGUGAAGGAAUCGUUCGUGACUGGUGCAUGCAGGAUAUCCUUCCUAACCUGGACCCUCGGCAGUUCGGUUCUCUCCCUGGGUGUUCAACGGUACAUUACCUGACGCGUCUUGUACACAACAUCCUUGAGGCAUCAGACAAACCAGGCUACGUGACAACACUUGUUCUCACGGACUUUUCCCGAGCAUUUGAUUAUGUCCACCACCAGACCGCCAUUUGCAAGCUACUUGACCUUGGUGUCCGCCCGUCCAUCGUGCCCUGGGUGAGCAGUUUCCUGUCAGGUCGGCGCCAACGUGUGAGAUAUCAGGGCACAGUCUCGGACUGGCAAACUCUGACGUGUGGUGUGCCUCAGGGAACGAAGUUAGGACCACUAGUUUUUCUAGCCCUGGUUAAUGACGCCCUCCCAAGUCACGAAACGUCUUCAGAUGGGUUUAAGUAUGUCGAUGACAUGUCUGUCUCCGAAUCACGACAUGUGUCUGCGGCACCAAGGAUUCAGGACGACAUCAAUGGCCUGACACGUUGGACUGAUACUAACUUCAUGGCCCUGAACCCGUCUAAGUGCAUGGUGAUGGUGUUUUGCUUCAUGAGAAAUCCUCCACCGCCGCCAGCAAUCACUGUUGGUCCGACCCAACUACAGGUUGUCCAGGCAGCACGUGUCCUGGGACUUAUCCUCCAGAACAACCUCAAAUGGACUCAACAUGUGACCUCGAUCGUCACCAAAGGGAGUAAGAGACUCUAUAUGAUAAGAAACCUGAAGAAACACGGACUGGACAUAAGUGACCUUGUACUCGUCUACAUCGGUUUUGUGCGGCCUCUUCUUGAGUACGCCUGUGUCAUCUGGCACCCCGGUCUUACCAGAGUUUUGUCAUCGAAAGUCGAACGCGUGCAGAAGAGGGCUCUGAGAAUUAUACUAGGACGGGAGUACGUCACUUACGACAGUGCAGUGAACACUUCGGGUCUUUGUCGACUAGACUGUAGAAGGGACAAUCUAUGCCUACGGUUUGCACGAACUCUUGUCAACUCUGAAAGAUUCAGUUAUUGGCUUCCAUCUAGACGAGGGGAUACCCAUGAUAGGUCUCUAAGAAACAAAGACAAACUCUCUCACUUCCGGUGUAGAACUGCUCGUUUCGCUAAUAGCACAUUACCGUACUGUGUAAAGCUCCUGAACCAAGACUAAGGGUAAUUUGUGAAUACUAGCGAAUCUUUCUUUGUAUAGUAACUGACCAGUUAUUGUAAACGAUAGAUGUUAUGUUGUGACUCGAUCAUUUUAAAAGUGUUAACUUGAGUUAGAGGUUGAAGUACUGAGUGUGAAAAAACGACAAUUCAGCCAUUUGUAAAUGUGCUGCAAGUGUUUUUAAUGUCAAUGGCAAUAAUAAACCAUUUCUCUAGUACAUGCUUACAACACUCGCUUGGUCACUUGAUGCAUGUAAAGUCACAACAAUAUCGGUGACGUCGUGCAGGAAAUCAUUGUACGUUUGCUCACAAAUGUUCUCCAGCUUGACUUCAGCGAGAAAUAUAAUACUUUUCUUUAUUGUUUCUAAGA